UCAUUCCACUUCACCCAACGCCUUAAAAAUAGAUUGAUAAUUGAUUAAUAUAAAUAAAUUGGGAAAAGUAGUUCCUUUUUUAUUUAUUUUUUUACACGUGUUAUGGCGAUCUUAGGCUACUUGGUGACGAAUUUUAGCGCGAAUCGGACCGCCAUUCAUCUGACAACACUACACCUGAGUUCUAUUUUCAAAUUUCAUAUUUGGUUAGCCAACGAUAAUGACUAAACCGACAAACGUGUGAUAUUCUAAAUGUUAAAUAAUUGCAAAAUAUAUCUACUUAGUCUUAUAUUAUGAUGUCUAAAACACCUCCAAAAGCUGAUAAUUAUAACUUUGUGCCAAAAGAAAUCACAACACCAAUAAAAGACCAGACGGGUAUCUCCAAAACUGUGUUUUCACAUGUUUCUAAAUUACACGGUUUAUUAAAUAAUUGGGUGAAAUUAAGAGACAAAGGAACCAAGUUCUGUAAAGUUAUUUCAUCAGUAAAGUUGCAUGAAUGUGAAAAUGAUUACUAUCCACAUCAAUUAAAACCCAUUAUGGACAAUUUGGUUGAAAUUUUAGAAAGCUUAAAAGAUAUAGUUGAUGGUGUUGCAAUUUUGAAUGAUCAACUCAAAGCUUUAGCACAGUUACAGCCUACAAGUCAACCUGUUAUUUUUACCUGGUCAGCUACUCAGAUUUCAAAAACCGUACAAAAUAUAUACAAAUCUUUGUUAAAGGAAUAUAGGCUCAAACAAGUUGUUACAGAAAAUGUAGCCCAUUGCAGAGAUGAGUUCCUGAUAGAAACAUAUGUCAGUUCAUGGGAGUUAGAUCCACAUUUCAACGCGUCAGAUGAAGCGUUUUUAUUUGCAGAGUUUGGUCUCGUCGGAGUGACAUAGUGGAGUAAAUAAAUGUUUAAAUAAACUAUUAGCAAAUGUUAAGUAAUUUUGUAGUCAUUGUAAUAUUACAUAAUACUACAUAUUCAGUAUUCUGUAGUAAGAUUGUAAUAUGUAUAUUACUAUUUUAUAUACCUCUGUAUUUUGUAUUCACACAAAAAAAAUAUUUAUUAAAAAAAAGUAAAUACACAGGAAACUUAUUUUAUCAGAAAAAAUAUAUCAAAGCGCCAUUAUUACAAUUGUAUAUACCAAUGUAUUUUGCAUGGGUGCUGGGAGGGGGAUGCAAGGGAGUGCACCCCUGUUCGGAACAAAUCGCAAUAAAAAUAACUAAAUGACAGUGUGAACUAUUGACUACAGAGGUUUUAUUAUGGUUUAGCAUGUACAAAUACCCGCGCGAUAUUUAUAAAAAAAUAAUAAUAAUAUGCUACUAUAGUAUGUAGAUGCAGAUGCACCCCCCUAAAGAUCAUCUUGGCGGCGCGGCGCCCAUGGUACUUUAUAUACAUACACAUUGAAAGGUUUUUUCUAUCUAGCUCGGCUUUUGGCACAAAAAAUUUUAUUUAAAAACUUAUUUUAUCAGAAAAAAUAAAUCACGGUGAUGCCUAUAAGGGGUCGCGAACAUUUCCUAGCCUUCUCCCCUCCUACCAUUCUUAGAGGUUUCCUUACUCUUCCUCGACACUUCCUUCUCAGCUAUCCCCUCCCAACUUUCCUUCAGAAUCCUGCAGUCGCUAAGCCGGGGGAUUCCAGUAUCCCAUUCGCGAGUUUCCCCCAGGCUUGAAUGCGGGGUACGAAACCAAAAAAAAUAGUCAUUUUUUUAAAGAAAAUGGUGUCAAUUUUAAUUAUAACACCAGUUUACAAAAUUUAACUUUUUUUUUUAUACCCCGAAAGAAAUGUAUGUAAAUGUGUUAAUCUACCUCUCUUAGAACUAAAAGAAAUAUUCUAUCACGUCACAAUUUCUUCCUGCAGUCAAAUGUUUUUUUUUUCUACCUAGCGUGGUGACGAAAGUUUAUUGUUUAUUCGCUCGCUUCAAACGACAAUUCUCUUGUUUCGGUUUGAUUUAAAAUGUCGAAUAGAAAGUGUUAUCAAAGUUCAAAUCAUUUUUGUUAUGUGUGUGGACAGUUUAUAUUUUCAAAAAAGAGAAGAUCCGUUGUAGUUUCGUUGAAAAGUGCAUAUCUUCAUUAUUUUUGAUUUCCUGUAACAAAUCAAAACAAAAAGUUGUCACCUCAUGUGUUUUUUAAAAGCUGUAGAAUAGUUUUACUCCGGUGGUCAGGAGAAAACGUUCACCUUCUAUUUGGUUCACCAAUGCUAUGGAAAGAACCCAGUAAUCAUGAGAAAGAUUGUUACUUUUGUGCUACGGAGACAUUGGGAUAUAAUAAAAAAAUAAAAGAAAGUAUAUAUGCCGAAGUUCCGUCUGUUACUAAACCCAUUUUACAUUCGAAAGCUUUUUAUCUGUUACCUAAAAAAUCUACUUAGAAGUAAUUCAAAAUGGUUGUGAAAGAUUUUUUUUGGGAAAUAAAAAACUAAAAAUUGCAAGCUA